GGUGUUUAACAGGACAUUACACACACACACACCACACCCUAACUUCAGUCGUUUAGCUAGCUAAAAACCUUUUCACACGGAUUUCUUCAAAAAACAAUACUGAAUAUUGACUUUGCCAUGGCCUGUAGUCCACCCCCCAAUUUCUCCUGGGUUGAACCUACAAAGUUGGCAGGACUGGCUUUCCCUCGAAUGACUGCCCACUACCAAUACCUUCUGGACAAUGGCAUUCAACACCUGGUCUGCUUGUGUGAGAGAAAACCUCCCAACUAUGAUACCGUCCCAGGAGUGAAACUACACCACAUCAAUAUAAUAGACUUCACCCCACCAACUCCAGAACAAAUUCAGAGGUUUCUGUCUAUUGUGGAGGAAUCGAACGCUAAAGGCGAGGGUGUAGCUGUUCACUGUAUGCAUGGCCAUGGGAGGACAGGGACCAUGUUGGCCUGCUAUCUGGUGAAGACCAGGAAAAUCUCAGGCAUCGACGCCAUUAAUGAGAUCAGAAGACUACGUCACGGCUCCAUUGAGACACACGACCAGGAGAAAGCAGUGGUGCAGUUUUACCAGCGCAUUAAAUAACUUUUUGUUUAAAUAUUUUACGUUUAAAUAAUUUUAAAGGAGAAAUCAACUUGUAUGCCUGUACUGUACACAUCUAUAACUUGACAAAUUGAAGUGGCCAAAUUCAAAAAGGGGCCACAUUUUAUAUAUUAUAGCUGUAUUUCUUCUUUAAAGCUGCUACUCAGGUUUGGAACUACUCAUGGAUUUUUUAGGAGUGACUAUUUUUAACUCUAGGAGGGUGUCCUGAAUUGUAUGGAAAGUAUACUGUACAUCUGUAAUGUAUACCAUGACUGCUGUGCUUCUGCCUUGCUUGCUCUUUGGAGUUUUAGGCUGGGUAUCUAUAAUGCACUUUGUGACAACUGCUGAUGUAAUAUGGGCUAUAGAAAACGCACUUGAUUGCUGUUGUAAAUUUGCCAAAUAGAAAACCAUUCAUUUAUUACAAAAAUCCAUUAAGUGACCUAAGUUUUGAUUGAGUUCAAUUAAACAACAGACUCAUGCAAUAAG